AUGACGCUGUGCCCGGAUCUCGAGGACAGCGAGCCGGAAGACAUCAGGCUGGCCUUCAAGGGAGCCCAGCUGAAGGACGGCGACCAGACCAUCGCGGCCGCCGGGAUCGGGAAGAGCAGCGAGGAUUUCGUCGUCUGCCUCGGGAAGAAGAAGGCGGCCGCGCAGCCCGCGGCGAGCCCGGCGGAGGCGGCAGGCCAGGCCGCGGCGCCGCACAUGUCCAUGCUCGUGGCGACGUCUCAAGAUGGCGAGGCUGCCUUCGCCGACCCGAUCCAGGGCAAGCCAGCGCUCCCCGGCUCCCCGGGAGACCCCGUCCGCUACAGUCGGAGGUUGAGGUUCGAGGUGUUCGGGAUCGAGGCGGACGCCUUCCGUCCCCCGGAGCAGAAGGGCACCUACAGGUCCACCCCGCUGCCUGCGGGCGGCUCUGCGUUAGACGAGCGCAAGCGCGUGUCGUCGGGGGCCUGCCGGGCGCCGCGCGGCUUUUUCGUCGGGCAGGCCCCCGCGGGGCGCGGUGGGGAGAGCUCCGUCGAGGCGGCGGCGGCGUCGGCGGGCGGGGACGUGAGCAAGGAGGUGGCCGACGCGGUCUUCGAGGAGUUCGCUCGCUGGCUCCAGGAUCAGCUCGGCGCCAGGGCCACCGAGGGCGUGGCUGCGCGGGCGGUGGCGCUGGCGGCCGUCCACGAGGGGUUCUGCUUCACCAUGGAGCACAAGUUCCCGCCGAUGUUCCCGCAGUCCAGAUACGUCUUGGUCGUCGGGGCCCGCGCGCAGGUGUGGGUACUGUGGCUUGCCUUCGUCACCGACAAGCCCGCGCCAGACCUGAAGUCCACCCCGCACAUCUCGCUGGCCACGUGCGACCUCAACACCGAGGCCGCGGCCGCGGAGGCGCCGCAGAGCGGCCUGCACAUGGACUACGUGGUGGUCCCCACGCGCGAGCGCGACCUGGGCAGGUACGCGCAGCAGCGGCAGGCGUCCGCGCUGAGCCGGGCGGCUGUGGAAGGCUGCUGGGGCGAGGUGCUGUGCUGA